UCUGUUAACUUGACCAUCUUUUCAGUGAUGAAACAGCAUUGGGAAUUAUGGACAAAAACAUUGGAGAGCAGCUUAACAAAGCUUACGAAGCCUAUCGACAAGCAUGCAUGGAUAGGGACCAUGCUGUGAAAGAACUACAGCAAAAAACAGAAAACUACAUGCAGCAAAUACGUGAACAGCAGGAAAAGAUAGAGCUUCAAAACAGCAUUAUUUUGAAACUGAAAUCGCAGUUAGCUGCUCUGAAUGUUAAUAGAGGUAAUGUGCAUCCCUACAUUCUGAUGCAUGAAGACAUUGAAACCUCCAACUUAUCUUUCAGCCAGCUCUCUGAAAAACUGAACGUAGCAAGGCACAAAGAAAAACUCUUAAAGGAACAGUUAGAAAGUGAGAGCAUGAAGUUGAAGCAACUUGAGGACAAAAACAAUCAAAAGGAAAGGAAACUUAUAUCUAUUAUUUCCAACCAAGAAGAUAAAAUAAGAACUCUGAAAAGCAAAUUGAAAGAAUUAAAUGAAGCACAAAAGGGUAUACAGAUGCCAACAUAUAAAAAGGAGGUGAAAAGUAAGAAAGUUAUUCCAGAUAAGCCUGAAUUAUCUCUAGGGGUCUCUGGUAUUUCUCCUAUGCCUGAAAGGGAGAAUCUGGAGACUAUCUUUCAGGACAUGAAAGAAGAGUGUCAUCGAAUAUGUAUGCUAGCCAGAGAACAAACAGACCAACUGAGUAAAUUUAAGAUAAAGCCAGAACCUGAAACUGAAAUACAGUUUUCCAUGCCAAUACAGUGUACUGAUAAAACUGAUGAACAAGCAGAAGAGCUUUUUAAGCCUCGGGUUAUAAAGGAUAUAAAUAGAGGUGCAUCAUGCAUCACAUCUAUCACACCAAGAGGAGUGGGCCAAGAUGAGGACAACAACUCUGUAGAAUCACUUUCUAAAUUUAAUGUCAAGUUUCCACCUACAGACAAUGACUCUGCUUUCUUGCAGAGCACUCAGGAAAAUCCAACAGUCCCUUGUACUGGUAUAGCUGAAAACAUGCUUCAAGAUCAUAAUUUUAACCUGGAGCACAGAGACCGUGCUGUUAACCUCUGUAAAUUGGAACCUAACUCGUUUGAAGCUCAUGGAGUUGAUCUCAUGACCUCAACUUUACAAAGCUUAACUACUGUUGACAAAACAAACCCCCCAAAUCAUGCAAACAUGCUUAUAGAAAAUACCCAUGACAAAACAUGUUUAAAAACAGACACUGGUUUCACAUUUGUACCUAAGCACACAAACCAGAGUGUACCUGAAGUAAUUUUUUCUUCUUUAGAAGCUGCUGGGACAACCGUCAGAGGUCCUCAUCAGCUUGUUUGGCAGCCUCAAGACAAUGAUUUGCUGGCACAGGCUUAUACAGACUCUGAACUGAAUCAGUGUGGAAUAUGUGAAUUCUGUCGAGAAGUUUUCCCACCAUCUAUAACGUCUAAGGAAGAUUUUCUUCGGCAUCUGAAUUCCCACUUUAAAGUACAGUCUUAAUGUAUGAGAAUUCAAUGGAUCACUGUUUUUGCAUACGUUUGAUUUUUUUUUAUUCAAUAGAUAUGCUAAGAAUUAAGACUUCUUGUAACAAGAACUCCUGACUAAAAUUGUUUGUCAGGUAAGCACAUCUUUAAUUGUCCUCUGACAAGGUAAAAUGAAACUGUAAGUCACUCAGUACUGUAAUGCACAUUAUUGCUUGUUACACUUCAAUAUUACCUUUGAGAGUGAUGUUAAACACCUUUUUUUUUCUUCCCCCCCCUUUUUUUUUUUUUAUUUGCCAUUAAUCAUUGGCUGAAUAGGCCCAAAAUCAUGAUUAUGAGUGUAGACUUGCAGGAUUAAUGCCUUAAUCUGGCUCGGGAAAUUGGUGUAAUGCUAGGAUUUUUUUCUCAAUAUCCAGUGAUGUGAUUAUGUUCUCCUCGAAGUAAACAAGAGGAGAAGUAACCUCUCAUUUUUCAUUUCUAUGAUAAAAUUU